GGAUAAAAUGGUCAUUUAGAUAUUUAUCGUGUUUAGGGUUUAACAGGGUCGCUUUAAGCGUUUGUGAAUAGAGAAUAACAAAAGAACAAGCUUGUUCAGUGAAGGUGUAGCAGCAACCAUGGCCAGCACCAAAGUUCAGAGGAUCAUGACUCAACCUAUUAACCUGAUUUUCAGGUUUCUCCAAAGCAAAGCUCGCAUUCAGAUCUGGCUGUUUGAGCAGAAAGAUUUGAAAAUCGAAGGCCGUAUCAUUGGAUUUGAUGAGUACAUGAAUUUGGUUUUGGAUGAUGCUGAAGAAGUUAACAUAAAGAAGAAGAGUAGGAAGUCACUGGGGAGGAUACUCUUGAAGGGAGACAAUAUAACUCUUAUGAUGAAUACGGGGAAAUGAUAAUUGAGGUGAUGGCAGCUUGUGACAUAGCAAAGUUAUUCUUACUUCCUGGAAUUUUCUCUAGUCAAUGAAUCAAGCAUGUUAUUGGAAAUUCACUGCUAAGCAUUCAAUUUACAUGCGUGUUGUAAUGAUGAAUCCUCCUUGUGAACUGACAUAGAUGUAUAGAUAUUUGUAUUACAUUCUGUCUGCACAAUUUUUCCCCAGCUAUAAAUAUAUGAUCUUUUUUCCA